AUGGAAACUUGCAGAGCCCGACGCUACAGCUUCAGCCACGGCGGCGGCGGCGGCAGCAGCAGCAGCGGCGACGCUCUCCAGCUUCUCUCACGCCCACCCGGCAGCUGGGAUUAACUGAACGCCAGGAGCGGAGCGCACAGGGGCUCUCAGGUAAAUCCUGAAAACGUACAUUUUACACGUGUCUGGUGUUGGAUCCCAGAAAGUAGGCAUGAAUGACAUUGCACAGAAGGCAGAGAUUAUCAUUUCUUCGUCUAAACCUGUCCCAAAGUCCUAUGUGCCCAAACUUCGGAAGGGAGAUAUAAAGGAUAAAUUUGAAGCCAUGCAGAAAGCAAGGGAAGAAAGAAAUCAAAGACGAUCUAGGGAUGAAAAACAAAGAAGAAAAGAACAAUAUAUUAGAGAGAGAGAAUGGAACAGGCGAAAGCAGGAGAUGAAAGAACUACUUGCUUCUGAUGAUGAUGAAGAAACACAGUCUUCUAAAGCGGAGAAAGCCUAUGUUCCAAAACUGACAGGAACUGUCAAAGGAAAGUUUGCUGAAAUGGAAAAGCAAAGGCAAGAGGAAGAAAGAAAAAGAAUGGAAGAAGAAAGACACCGAAGAAUUGAACAAGACAUGAUAGAGAAGAGGAAAAUUCAGAGAGAACUGGCUAAGAAGGCACAAGAGAUUGAUGAACAAUUUAACAAUUCGGGAACUGAAUCAACAUCAGAGGAAGGUGAUGAUUCAUUGCUAGUAACUGUAGUUCCUGUAAAACAUACCAAAUCACCCGGAAAAAUGAAAAUAAGUUUUGAGGAUCUAGAAAAAGAGAGAGAAGACCAAGAAAGGCAAAAACAUGAAGAAGAAAAACGAUUGAGAUAUGAGCAGGAAAAGGAAGCUCUCAAGGAAGUGAAAUAUUUUUCACCAGUUGAAGAUGAAGAUGAAAUCAAAAACAGUGAAAGAAAAGAAUCUAUGUGUCUUGGAAAAGUAAAAUUGACUUUUGAAGAACUGGAAAGACAAAGGCAGGAAAAUCAAAGGAAACAAGCAGAAGAGGAGGCUAGACAACGCUUAGAAGAGGAAAAACGUGCCUUUGAGGAAGCAAGGCAGCAAAUGAUGAACCAAGAUGGUGAUGAUACAGAUAGUGAAAAUUCUGUCAAGGAGUUGCAUCCUGGAAAACUGAUACUUAGCUUUGAGGAAUUAGAAAGACAGAGGCAAGAAGAAGAAAAAAAACGAACAGAAGAGGAGGCCAGAAGGCGUAUAGAAGAGGAGAAAAAGGCAUUUGCUGAAGCAAGAAAAAGCCUGAUUUCAGAUGAUGAGUCUUCACAGAUAUCAAAAACUGUAUCUCAAGAAUCUCUUACACCUGGAAAACUAGAAAUAAACUUUGAAGAGUUACUGAGGAAAAAAAUGGAAGAAGAAAAGAGGCGCACAAAAGAAGAACGCAGACAAAAACUGGAAAUAGAAAAACACGAGUUUGAGCAGCUUAGACAAGAAAUGGGAGAGGAGGAGGAAGAAUGUGAAACCUUUGAGUUAAGCAGGGAAUAUGAGGAAUUGAUAAGAUUAAAAAGAAGUGGCUCCAUUCAAGCAAAGAACCUGAAAAAGAAGUUUGAAAAAAUUGGGCAAUUGUCUGAAGAAGAAAUACAGAAAAAAAUUGAAGAGGAAAGAGCAAGGAGGAGAGCUAUGGACCAGGAAAUAAAAGAAAGGGAAGCAGAGACUUUUCAAGAGGAAGAUGAAGUAGAUGUAAAACCAGCCACAAAAUCUGAAGCUCCAUUUACACACAAAGUCAACAUGAAGGCUCGAUUUGAAAAAAUGGCAAAGGCAAGAGAGGAGGAGGAACAGAGGAGAAUCGAAGAACAAAAGCUUUUACGUAUGCAAUUUGAACAGAAAGAAAUUGAUGCAGCAUUACAAAAGAAAAAGGAAGAGGAGGAAGAUGAUGAUGGGAGCAUUGUUAAUGGCUCAGUUUAUGAAGAUGAAGAACAGCAAGCAAGGUCUGGGGCCCCAUGGUUCAAGAAGCCUCUUAAAAAUGUGUCAGUUGUGGAUGGUGAACCAGUAAGAUUUACUGUAAAAAUGUCUGGAGAACCCAAACCAGAAAUCACAUGGUGGUUUGAAGGGGAAAUGUUGCAGGACUGUGAGGACUAUCAAUAUAUUGAGAGAGGAGAUACCUACUGUCUUUACUUACCAGAAACUUUCCCAGAAGAUGAGGGAGAAUAUAUGUGUAAAGCAGUAAAUAGCAGAGGAACAGCAGCUAGCACCUGUAUUCUCACCAUUGAAAGUAAGACUUAGCAUUUUAAUAACAAUUCAUAUCUCCCAUCUUUUUCUAAAUCAGUUAACUCUCUUUUUCUCUUCUCUUCUUCCAGCUGAUGACUAUUAAUAGCCUACUUCAUCUGGAGCCUUCCUUCUCUAAAUUUACUGCAUUCAUCUCUCUUUCUGUCUGUGGUGGGGCCAACAAGAAAAAUGUCUGUCAUUCCUGAAAUAAGAUAUUCAAUUGCCUGUUCUAAACCUCUUUAUUUCAAACAGUAAUUUGACAGUUUGGUAAACAGUGGCUUAACCCCCACCCCACACCUUACUUAUGACUAAUUUGUUGCUUCACACAGCAAGGCUAUUACCAACAGGCAAUGCAUUCAUGUGAAGCAGCCUGCUAAGUCAUCACACUUGUCUUCCUGAUGUCAGUACAAAAAUAGCUCGUAUCAGUGUAGUGAAAAACAAGAGCAUGGUGAACUGCUUCGCACAAGUAAUCUGCCUGGGAGAGCCUCUGGAUUCAUUGCAGUUUUCAUGCCAUUGUUUGCACAUGUAAAAUUAGGGCAAGGACACUGGAAACAGCAGAACAAAGUUGUUCCAGCAGAUGAAGACCAAUUAAUUCAUUCUACAUUAAUGUUGUCCUCAAUUUAUUUGAUCUGAAAACAGUGCGGAAAAUUUAGUAGCCAAAUUUUAGUUGUUUAUUUAAUUGGGUUUUUGUUUAAUGCAGUAUUUUCUUUAAUGUGCUUGAAUAACAUACAAUCAGAAUAGUGGCUUGAAAGCAGAGUUAUGUAAUUAUCAUGUAUAUGCGGUUGUCAAAGUUCUUUGAAAUAUUAGCGUUUAUAAUUUUGUAUUAGAAGUUAGACAUUGUCUAGAAUGCUGCUUAUAAUACUGAAUCAAAGUCAUAGUAUUCAGUAAUUAAGCAUUAUGAUGAUACUGGAUGACUUUUCAACUUGAACCUCUUGUAUUAAAUCAUCUCACUACAGUAUACAGAAACAGAAUUACCAAUAAAUAUGGUUUUCAUAUAUACUUUGAAUAAAAAGUGAUUACAGGUUUGCUUUUUGCUAAUGAAUAACUGGAAACUAAAUUCCAAUGCAGACUACCAUACAUACUAAAAAGAAUUCUCCAGUAGAUUUUGGUUACAUUUAACUGGCCAGAAUUUAGAAAAAUUACAAGUUAGAAUAAAUUUUUAUACAGGAUUUACCUGGCCUUUAAAACCUAUGUACCAAAUUUUCCUAUGCUGUGUUCUGAAUUAAUUGAAAGGUUAAUAAAUCUCUGUUGAGUCUCA